UUUCCCUCCAUGGUUUCUCCUCUCUCCGACUAACUUAGCGUUUGGCUCAGUUCAUUAUACAGUCCUAUAUUCUCCCUCCAUUAGGGCAUCUCUGCCUUUGGACUGAAGAUCCCACCAAAACCCGAGAGAGAAAAGUUUAACUUUCAUAGGGCAAGAUGGACAUGAAAAAGAGGAUCCACUUGGAGCUAAGAAACAGGACACCGUCUGAUGUACGAGAACUUGUCCUCGACAAUUGUCGGUCAGUUGAAGGAAAAAUCGAAGGCCUCACAGCUGAGUUUGUCAACCUGGAGUUCCUCAGUUUGAUAAACGUCGGCUUAAUCUCAGUGUCCAACCUGCCUAAACUAGGAAAACUCAAAAAGUUGGAGUUGAGUGACAACAGAAUCAGCGGCGGCCUUGAUGUUUUAGCAGAGAAACUACCCAACCUCACACAUCUAAACCUGAGUGGCAACAAAUUGAAAGACAUCAGCACUUUGGAACCAUUGAAAAAGCUGGAUAACCUGAAGAGUUUGGACCUGUUCAACUGUGAAGUGACAAACCUGAAUGACUACAGAGAGAGCGUGUUCAAGCUGCUGCCCCAGCUCACCUACCUGGAUGGCUAUGACAUGGAGGACAGGGAAGCCUCUGACUCUGACGGAGAGGUGGAUGGAGACGGCGUAGACGACGAUGAAGACGAAGAGGGAGAGGAGGAGGAAGACGAGGACGGAGAGGAGGAGGACUUCGAUGAGGAAGAGGACGAUGAGGAAGACGAAGAGGAGGUAGAAGGAGAAGAGGAUGAUGAUGAGGUCAGCGGAGAAGAUGAGGAGGAAGAUUUCGGUCAGGAUGGGGAAGUGGAUGAAGAAGAUGAAGAUGAGGAUGAAGAUGAUGAUGAAGCAGAAACUGGCAAAGGCGAGAAGAGAAAGCGAGACCCGGAGGAUGAGGACGACGACGACGACGAUGAAGACGACGAUUAAGAGCAAAACUGAAAACGAGAGCCUACCGAGUUACCCUUCCUCCCCCACAAAUCUGAACGUCCGCCCUCCUACAUCUCGCACCGCCUUUGUAAUCCACGUCUACCCCCCCCAGCUCUGAGCUCUUUUUAUGGGGCAAGA